AUGGAGGCUCAACAAACUAACGCACGAUCUCCAACUGAUUUUCUCAACUCUGUUCUCGGACGUCAAGUAACUGUCAAACUUAACUCGGGCAUCGAUUACAAAGGUGUUCUUGCAUGCCUUGAUGGUUAUAUGAACAUUGCAUUGGAAAACACCGAAGAGUAUGUGGAUGGCUCUUUGAAGAACAAGUAUGGAGAUACCUUUAUUCGCGGAAACAAUGGUAAUGACAUUCAUUAG